AUGGCGUCUCGGAUUGCGCGAGCAGCUGAUAGGUUUAUCGUACCCGGAUUGAAGUCCCGAUGUGAAGCGUUUCUCAUCAACGACCUCGCUGCUGACAAGGUUUCCGAACGCCUGAAGACCGCCUAUGAGCUUCAAAUGAAUGUAAGAAUGAAAAAAUCUUCGGCGCAUGGAACCCAAGAUGUUAGGACAAAUUGUGGAGGAUGCCUGGAAGCUGGCCGAAAACCACAGGUGAGCACUGGAACUACUAUU